AAAAAAAUCCUGUAAAUUGUAAUCCUAAGCUUAAACCCUACACACUACAGCACCGUCCCCUGCGAAAAAAGCAUUAGACCCUUCUUAUUGAGGUACCAAGGCUUCUCAAAGAUGAAAAAGAGCAAAUGAAAAUGGAGGAGAAAGGGAAGGGCGAAGAGAUAGCAGCAGCAGCAGAGGAAGGAGUGAAGCAGCAGAGGAAGAAAAAACGCAAAGAGGUUUUCCCAUUCGGCAAUUACAGAAACUACUACGGCUACCGUAUAGGUCGGGACUUGGAAGAGGAAGAUCCUCGUUUAAAGGUCUUGAAGAAGGAAUGGUUUGAAGACAAGGAUUGUCUUGAUAUUGGCUGCAAUAGUGGGAUAAUUACCAUCCAAAUUGCUAAAAAGUUUCAAUGCCGGAGCAUUCUUGGAAUUGACAUUGAUUCUAAUCGAAUACAGGACUCAUAUUGGCAUCUCAAAAAAUUUGUGAAAUUGGAAAGUGCUCGGAAGACACAUGCAAAGUCUUCCAAAUUGGAGGUUACAGAGAGUGCAAAUGGUCCAGAGCAGAGUGUUACUGCAUCAUCCAAUGAAGAGACAAAAGGAAUUUCAAGGGAUUGUUCCCCUUCUAUGAAAAGAGAUCUGUAUGACAUUGUCUCUUUCCGGGAGGAAAAUUUUGUUCAGAGUCGGCAUCCACGAGAGAAGCAAUAUGAUACUAUCCUUUGUUUGAGUGUGACAAAAUGGGUUCAUCUUAAUUGGGGUGAUGACGGAUUAAUUACAUUAUUUUCAAAGAUUUGGGGAUUGCUUCUUCCGCAGGGUGGCAUUCUUGUGUUGGAACCUCAACCUUGGAAGUCAUAUCAAAACAAUCGUCAGGUGUCUGAGACAACAGCAAUUAAUUAUAAGAAUAUUAUUUUCCAUCCAGAAUGUUUUCGGGAAAUACUUCUAGACAAGAUUGGGUUUAGAAAGGUAGAAGACAUAACUUCCAGCUUAUCAGGAAGCAAAGCUGGAUUCAACAGACAAAUUUUGGUGUUCCACAAAUGAAUCAUCUACUAAAACAGCAUUUUUGAGUAAUCAUUUCUCUAUCUUUAUGGAGAGGUAGAAUAGUUUGUAAAGUUUUGACUUUUGAGAGUUACAUUUUAGAAAACUUGGAUGAUGCAUGCUCAAUGCUCAUGAUGUGGCUUGGUAUGGGAUAGGAUUAGCAAUGAUAAUUGUAUUAAAAAAAAUGAUAAUUUUUACUUGUGGAAGUUAUUUGAAAUCAAUAUUAGGCAUAGUAAUAGAAUGUAUUCAAAAUCAA